CUUCCGGCAUUGGAGGCUGUAGCCUCGCUCUGGUCCCUGCGGCUGGCGGCCGAGCCGUGUGUCUCCUCCUCCGCCGCCGCCAUAUUGUCUGUGUGAGGAGAGGGGAGCGCGGCUGCUGCCGCUGCCGCUUCCACCGCAGUUUGAAGAAAAUAGGUCUGAAACAAGGUCUUACCCACAUCUGUCUCUGAACACAGUGACUGCCAGAUCUUCAAACAUCAAGUUCAGCUUUGUCCGCCAACCUGUCUGACAUGUCGGGACCCGUGCCAAGCAGGGCCAGAGUUUACACAGAUGUUAACACGCACAGACCCCGAGAAUAUUGGGAUUAUGAGUCACAUGUGGUGGAAUGGGGAAAUCAAGAUGACUACCAGCUUGUUCGAAAAUUAGGCAGGGGCAAAUACAGUGAAGUGUUUGAAGCCAUCAACAUCACAAAUAAUGAAAAAGUUGUUGUUAAAAUUCUCAAGCCAGUAAAAAAGAAGAAAAUUAAGCGUGAAAUAAAGAUUUUGGAGAAUUUGAGAGGUGGUCCCAACAUUAUCACACUUGCAGACAUUGUAAAAGACCCUGUGUCACGAACGCCCGCCUUGGUUUUUGAACAUGUAAACAACACAGACUUCAAGCAAUUGUACCAGACAUUAACAGACUAUGACAUUCGAUUUUACAUGUAUGAAAUUCUAAAAGCCCUGGAUUAUUGUCACAGCAUGGGGAUUAUGCACAGAGAUGUGAAACCCCAUAAUGUCAUGAUUGAUCAUGAGCACAGAAAGCUAAGGCUAAUAGACUGGGGCUUAGCUGAAUUUUAUCAUCCUGGCCAAGAAUAUAAUGUCCGAGUUGCUUCCCGAUACUUCAAAGGUCCAGAGCUACUUGUAGAUUAUCAGAUGUAUGAUUAUAGUUUGGAUAUGUGGAGCUUGGGUUGUAUGCUGGCAAGUAUGAUCUUCCGGAAGGAGCCAUUUUUCCAUGGACAUGACAAUUAUGAUCAGUUGGUGAGGAUAGCCAAGGUUCUGGGAACAGAAGAUUUAUAUGACUAUAUUGACAAGUACAACAUUGAAUUAGAUCCACGUUUCAACGAUAUCUUGGGCAGACACUCUCGUAAGCGAUGGGAACGCUUCGUCCACAGUGAAAACCAGCAUCUUGUUAGCCCUGAGGCCUUGGAUUUUCUGGACAAGCUCCUACGAUAUGACCACCAGUCACGACUCACUGCAAGAGAGGCCAUGGAGCAUCCUUACUUCUACACUGUUGUGAAGGACCAGGCUCGAAUGAGUUCAUCUAGCAUGCCAGGGGGCAGUACACCUGUCAGCAGCGCCAAUAUGAUGUCAGGGAUCUCUUCAGUGCCAACCCCUUCACCCCUUGGACCUCUGGCAGGCUCACCAGUGAUUGCUGCUGCCAACUCCCUUGGGAUGCCUGUUCCAGCUGCCGCUGGCGCUCAGCAGUAAUGACCCCCAUCUAUCUCCUGAUGCCUAAGCAGAGGUGGUUCCUUCUGAGUCACAUGCUGAAACUAGCUGCCUGGGACAUGUUAUCCAUGGUGGACUGCCGAAACACAGAGGCCAGAUGAAGUCACACAGGUAUGUGCCACCCUGUUGGCCACAAGUCGUCAAGCCCAUCGUCGGUGAGACAAGGACGUAUACACCUCAUGUUGAGAGAACUGUUGGAAGUAAUAUGGCAAAGGACACGCUAUAUAGUCUUAUAAGACAGUGAAGAACUGAGACCAGUAACGCAAUCAAUCAUGCUAUCUCAGCAGAAACUGAAGGCUGUCUAACUGCUGAUCACUCACUGAGGAGUGAGCUGUUUUACUCAUUGAAGUAUCCAAAAUCAUACAUAAGUUCCAUCUAUAGUCAUCCCUUUGUAUCCAUGAAGGAUUGAUUCUAGAAUGCACCCCCCACCACCACCAGAAUCUACCUACCUAGCCUUGAGUUCCUUCUGUAGAAUGGCCUUGCAGUUAAUCUCAUAAUUUCCCACAUACUUGUAUGUCACAUCUGUAUAAUGUCUAAAUACAAUGUAAAUGUUAUGUGGAUUGUACUCUUAUUUAGGGGAAGAUGACAGAAGUCCUUGUUCAAUCCAGAACUAAUAUUUUUAUUUUAGGAGAUUUUUAAUUCUCCGUUGAGUGGGUAUAGAACUCACAAUUACAGAGGACCAUUAUAUAUGUCUUUAUCAGAGAAAUCCUUGUGCUUUUAGUUUGUUUAAAAAAGGUUUGUUUUUAGUGACAUGUGUGGGUAUGUGCACAUGAAUGUGGGUGCCUACAGAGCCAUUGGGUCCUCUUGAGCUGGUGCUGCAGGGGGUUGUGAGCCACCCAACGUGGGUAAUAGAAAUUGAACUCAGGUCCUCUAGAAGAGCAGUAUGAGAGCUCUUUGACUAUUGAACCAUCUCUAGCCUUUUGUGUGUUUGUUUUUUGACAGGGUUUUAGCCCUUGCAGCAAUCCUGCAUCAGCCUCCUGAAUGCAAGGAUUACAAGUGUGAGCCUCCACACCUGACAUAAUUCUUGUUUUCCAACAAUUGAAAUCAGUUCCAAGUUUGAGGCUUCCUGUCCAGAACAACAUGAAGUCCUGCUGCACAGAGAGCUUCUGCAGUCUAGGAGUGUUGUGUUUUGGGGGAAGUGGUUACAAGUGUUUUCACUUUGUAAUUUUCGUUAAACAGUACAUUAUGAUUGGCAAAAUUGUAAAGGGUUCAAAUGUUUAAAGAUUUUAAAAAUAAAAUGGAAAACCCAAAAGAAAUCCAAAAAUGAACCAACUCUAGGAGAAUGGGGGGAAGUUAACAUAAAUCCAUCACCUGGUCAGCUGUGAGGAGAAUUUGCAGCCGUCAUGGAGAUAGUGAAGAUUGGUCUGACCAAAAUUAGAAUGUCACAAUAAAGAAUUUGUGAUGGGAAGUGUGGGUGUAGUAGCGUCUGUAACAAGGUAAGCAGUUUAGAAGCACUCAACACUUUUUAUGAGAAGUAAAUAAUAGGUAAAAUUGAAAAAACAAUUAGUUCUUUAUGCAUGUUUUGAUAUUUUUUAUUGUUAACAUAAUAGAACUAUGUACUUGUUACACUGUAUUGCUCUGGUUAAAACAAACUAAAUUUUAAUAAAUGGAUAUUUAUUUUGAA